GCUUAAAUUUCCCUCCACCCAUUUUCACUUCAAUUCACUCAAACUUAAAAAAAAUUUCUCAUAUCCUCUUCCUUCCAAAAGUAUCCAUUCUACUCUCCUGAAAUCUCCCAUUCUACUCUCAGACCAAAUUUGUGCAAGUUCCAUCUUCAAAUUUCUUUCGAAUUGAGGAUCUUGAUCCCUGUACCAAACCCUAACCAUUUUGGGUAAUAACCUCCAUACCAAACAGAGCAUUAGCCCUACGCUCGUCUCCAACGUGGACCAGAAUCCUGACGCCAUCACUCCAGGCAUCGACAACCAAGAUCGCCCUUUUGUUCUUAGGAAGCGUAACCUAUGGAGACAGUUGAGGAGGAUCAAGAGUACAACUACAGGGAGGUGUUGCUGCCUUCUUUGAUCCAUAUUGUACCCGAACCGGAGUUGGAGAGGGAGACGGAAGAGAGGAGGAGAGGCCGAGACAUAUUGAUAGCGAUUGAUCAUGGUCCCAACAGCAAGUAUGCAUUUGAUUGGGCCCUUAUUCACUUCUGCAGGAUUGCUGAUACCCUCCAUCUUGUUAAUGCUAUUUCCAGUGUUAAAAAUGAGGUGGUUCAUGAAGCUAGCCAGGGGCUUAUGGAGAAGCUAGCUGUUGAGGCGUAUCAGGUUACAAUGGUGAAGUGUGUGGCUCGGAUUGUGGAGGGGGACGCAAGUAAGGUUAUUUGCCGGGAAGCAGACAGGAUAAAGCCAGCAACUGUGGUUAUGGGAGGUAGCCAGAAAGUCGUUUACUUGCAAGAAAGGUGUCUCCUACUGAUUCCCUUCUUCUGUGAAGGUGUUAGUUCGUAAUGUAAUUUGGAUAAGGAUGACUAAUGUUGUAGCCACUAAAUUUUUAUGAUUUUUUUUUGUAUUGUUGAGGAGUGCUGUUGCAAAUCUUAGCUAAUUUGUGUUGUUGGAUGAAAUUCUUGGUGCAUUUCUCAGGUUUUUUAGUUGGCGAAGGAUCUCCUUAUAUUCAUUAAUUUGAGAGUGAUUCUUGACUCUUUCUACGAACUGAUGCUAAGAUCGGCAACCUUUUUCCCCCAUUUCUUUUUAAAUUAACAAUGGCUUAUUAACAUGUGCAACUUUAGUAUUUUCAUUUCCAAUCUUUCCAUGCUUGAAUCUGUAAUCAACAUGUUGGUGCUAUUGUUUGAUAAUUAAAGCGCAGUCAUUGCAUUUAAGUUCUUGAAUGCUAUUUUUGCAGGUUUACCAGUUUAUCAAGGAACAAGUUGAACAGCUCGACAAAAAUGAGCAAUGGUACAGAGCACUUAUGGAUAUAAUUACCUUAUAUGAAUAACCAUUAUACUUAUGUUCUUGAACACUAUAUUAUGAGGUUUGCAGGGAACAAGCAAUGGCAUAGUAGGAAUGGUAGUCAUUCCUUUCUUGUUAUCAAUGUAAGACCAUAGUUUUAAGUUAAUUUCUUAGCAGCUGGCAAAAACUGGAGGUUGUAAUUUUAGUUCUUACUUUUGAUUAUUUCGAUUUUAUUUCAAAAUUUCAAACAAGGAAUCUUUGUGUUGUUGACAAUUAAAUGCUAUGUUUUGAA